UACUCCUGGUUUAAAAAAAGAAUCUCAUUUCCGGUUGUCAAUGUUCCUUGCUAGCCGGAAUGGACAUCUUGGAACGAGACGAGCAGAUCGGUAUUUGCCAAUUAUUGCACAAUGCUCUGGGGAAACUGAAGCUCAUCUAUCUGAAUCCGGUCAACGAUGACCUUUUGGAUCCAACGGGAGCGUAUUCCAUCGGAGAUCUAUUGAGGCAGAAUAUUUCGCAUUUGGAACAUUUCUACCAGGCAGUUGACGAGAUAGAUUCAACGGAGAAGAGAUUUUUGAGGGAGAGCAUCACCAAUUCUCAGGAUGACAAUGGGGAGAACCAGUUCAGCCAAUGGCAGUUCACCAAACAGUGCAUGGAAAUCAAAAAGUUGGAGACAAAUUUGGCGGAUAUGGAGAAGAUUUUCGAAAACCUCCAUCAGGAACGACAUGAACGCAAACAACUGGAAAUAGCCUGUAACCGUUUCGUUACAAAGUGGGAACAAAUACGACGUGAACAGUUGGACCAAACGCUCACCAUCCGUGCUGAAGAAUUUUGCAGGGACAUUGCUCUCCGAGAAACGGAAGUCGAAUCUGGAUUACGAGCAGCCCAUCGAAUAAACGAUUUCUACGAUUGGCAACUGGCCAAGGUGGAAACGGACAUUAGCGAUUGGAUGGAUCGGUUCGAUCGCGAAAAGGAACAGGUGGAUUUCCGUAGUCAGAGGGCUCGGGCUCAGAUCCGGCGAUGGAACGAAAUGAAGAAAGAGAUUGAAAGUAUGAGUGAGGAGAUUACGAAGUUGGAACAACAGGAAAUGGAAUAUGUUAAGGAUGCUGAACAUAAAAGGAUGUGCCAGAAGUAUGCGGUCAAGCUACAGGCAUGGUGGCGAGGUGUGAUGGUUCGUAAGGGAUUCGGUCCAUUUGGAAAAGGUAAGAAGAAGAAAUCCAAAGGUAAGAAAAAAGCAACUAAAACUUCGAAAACGAGAUCCAAAACGCCAACUAAAAAGGUUAAUAAAUAGCGCAGUUUAUAUUAGGAAUUAUCGUUUGUGAAGAUUUAGAACGAACAAAUAAAACAAAUUUCCAAUUCAAACAA